UAUUUUUCUUAUAUACUUCUCUCUUUAAUUAUUUUCUGUGUGUGUGCAAGUAAAAUGGGUAUGAUAUUGGGGAAGUUCGUGAAGAAGCCGGAAGCAAAGGUGACGGAUCUGGAUCUUGUGAGCGUGCACCGUGAUCGUGUACAAUAUAAGAUUACGGUCUCUGUUUUUAAUCCAUACUUCCAUCCGUUACCCAUUGUUGAUGUUCCGUUUUCUCUCAAAAGUGAUGGCAGGGUGAUCAUAUCGGGGAAGUUGGAAGAUCCAGGAUCACUAAAAGCAAACGACACAACAAUUCUGACAAUACCAUUUGCGGUGCCGCAUGAUGUGAUAGUGAGCUUGGUGAAGGACGUUGGUAAGGACUGGGACAUAGACUAUGACUUGGAAUUGGGCUUAACUAUUGAUCUCCCUCUCGUCGGUGGUUUCACCAUUCCUCUCAACCGGAAAGGCCAGAUCAAGCUUCCCACUUUCAAAGAUCUUCUCUAGCUGAAAAAUGAAAAUCAUCUCUUGUAUUUCAAUAAUUAAAUGUCAUUAUAUACUAAUGAUAUAUAUGCACUCUUUUAUUAAUGAAAUUUAUUUCUUUUUGUAUGCUAA